AUGCAAUGUCUACUUGCUUUAUUCUUCGUAGCAUUACGCGAAUGUAUCUGGACUAGCCGACACAAUAGAUUGGAUGUUAUUAAAAAACGCAUUAUUGAUCAGCGGCGUUAUUUGCUAGAAAAUUCGGUUGCAAGGGCAACACCAUUUGUUGAAUUAAACAUUAGUGGUACAAAAGAUUUCUUUUACAACGUAAUCUUAUCAUACUUUACUCCAUCAACCAUGCACAACCGAGAAAUGAGAACAAUGAAUGCAGAAGAAUGGACUGUUUACUUUGAUAUGAAUGGAAGAAACCUGUACAGAUGGAAAGGCAGUACUCUUCAAAAGCCCUCUUCACCCUAUUGCCGUAAGUUUGAAUACCAUUUAAUUGGGUCAUAUUUCGAGUUCUUAAAUGCAGCUAAUGUGCCAGUCAUUGCUUUUCUCUACCUACUCAAGUUACAAUCACCAGAUUUCAUUAAAAUUUUUACUAUUGCCAGAUAUCCUCAUUCAUGCCAGAUCAAACUCACUUCAAUCCCUUCAUUUGAUAUAUGUAGCAAAAAUGCCUUAUGCAUUCUCACAUUCAUCACCCUAACACAUUUCUUCAAAGCAACCAAAUUUAUUUGUCUGUUGUGUUGUAAUUAUCCAACUAACUUCUCCGCUUAUUUUUAUCUGCCAGGACGUGGAACGGCAUACACUUCGAAGUGUAAGUUGUUUAUCCAUUCAGUGAACUCAUUUCAAAUUCAUGAAGAUAUUGGUGGCGGAGAUGAUGAUGAUGAUUCAUUGGCUACUGAGUGCUUUCAAUAA